AGCAGGUAUAUGUGUCACCUGAGGGCGGAUCUAAAGUAUAAAUACAAGCAAGAAAACGGCAUUUCCACACUGGAGAGCAAGACGAGACAAGAGUGUUACGGACGUGUUGAAUAUCUGAAAAUCUCAACAUGAGUGAUCCAAAACCAAAAAAGGAGGGCGUAGAUUCUGGUUCUGGCUCCGAGAGCUCAGGAGAUGAAGGUGGAAAGAAGCACGGAAAGGGCAAAGGGAAAGGGAAAGGACAAGGUCAUGGACAUGGACACGGUAAAGGAGGUGAACACGGGAAAGGAGGUGAACACGGGAAAGGAGGUGAACACGGGAAAGGAGGUGAACACGGGAAAGGAGGUGAACACGGGAAAAAAGGAUCUGACCAACAAAAAGGAAAAAAGUAAUGAGCUCAUAGCCCGAGGCCUGGGAAGUCCAUUUAUGUCCGCAUGACUUACACAACAAAACUUGUUUCAACUCCAUUUUGCAUAAAAAAAUAAAAAAUAAAAUUAAAACACC